GUCAUCAAGCAGCUGAUGAAGAAGGAGUUCACCCUGGAGUUCUCCCGCGACCGCAAGUCCAUGUCCGUCUACUGCUCCCCGGCCAAGGCCUCCAGGGCCGCCGUGGGCAACAAGAUGUUCGUCAAGGGUGCCCCCGAGGGUGUCAUCGACCGUUGUAACUACGUCCGGGUGGGGACAACCAGAGUCCCCUUGACCCCAUCCGUCAAGGAGAAGAUCUUGACCGUCAUCAAGGAGUGGGGCACGGGGAGGGACACCUUGCGCUGCUUGGCCUUGGCCACCCGCGACACCCCCCCCAAGAAGGAGGACAUGGUCCUGGAGGACUCCUCCAAGUUCGCCGAGUACGAGAUGGACCUGACCUUCGUGGGCUGCGUGGGGAUGCUGGACCCUCCCCGCAAAGAGGUGAUGGGCUCCAUCCGCCUCUGCCGCGACGCCGGCAUCCGGGUCAUCAUGAUCACGGGGGACAACAAAGGGACGGCCAUCGCCAUCUGCCGCCGCAUCGGCAUCUUCGGGGAGGAGGAGGAGGUGACGGGGAAGGCCUACACGGGCCGGGAGUUCGACGACCUCCCCCCAGCCGAGCAGAGGGAGGCCUGUCGCCGGGCCUGCUGCUUCGCCCGGGUGGAGCCCACCCACAAGUCCAAGAUCGUGGAGUUCCUCCAGUCCUUCGACGAGAUCACAGCCAUGACAGGAGACGGGGUGAACGACGCCCCGGCCCUGAAGAAGGCGGAGAUCGGCAUCGCCAUGGGCUCGGGGACGGCGGUGGCCAAGACGGCCUCCGAGAUGGUCCUGGCCGACGACAACUUCUCCACCAUCGUGGCGGCGGUGGAGGAAGGGAGGGCCAUCUACAACAACAUGAAGCAGUUCAUCCGCUACCUCAUCUCCUCCAACGUGGGGGAGGUGGCGCUGAUCCCCGUCCAGCUCCUCUGGGUCAACCUGGUGACCGACGGGCUCCCGGCCACCGCCCUGGGCUUCAACCCCCCCGACCUGGACAUCAUGGACAAGCCACCGCGCAGCCCCAAGGAGCCCCUCAUCUCCGGGUGGCUCUUCUUCCGCUACUUGGCCAUCGGGGGUGAGUUG